AUGCGUCAGUCCUUCAGACUUGCACCAACCAUCAGACAAGUAUCGACGACAACCUCAAGUCAGAUUUCCAGACAAGCAACAAGAAGCAUGGCUUGCGAUAUGAUCAUACCUCAACCAUCGCCAUGGGAAUAUAUCUGCCCCAUCACGCAAGAAUUCCACGCCCAAAAGUCAGCACCAUCGGAUAUUCCGUCUGCCUCUACGAUGAGAAGACUGUAUUCUCAAGUACCUCUUCCUGAAGCUUCGCAAAUUACAACAUCAACUCUGCAACAAUCCAACGAGAGCAAGAUCGAAUCACCAACUCCGGAGAAACUGGAACAACGCGCACGAACAAUCCAGAGAGCGAGUAAAUAUGGCUAUGAGCCUAUGCUCGAGGGAAUGACGGAUUUGGGAAUGCUAGAGAUUUUCAGGAGAGCCAAGCAGCUGAAAAAGGCAGCGAGGGAGCAAGCUGCGGUUGUGCAAGAAAGCUGA